AUGGCAGUAGAGAGUAUUCAUGCGGUCCGAGAGGCCAGGGAGGGUCAUCCGUCGGGGCAGCAGACGGGAAGCUCAACAAUGGGAGGCAGUGGGGGAGGAGAGUGGGACGACUCCCUGUGGUCCCUUAGCUGCACCGAAUCCGAGAAUCAGUCCUCUGAGACCAACCCGCCCGCCUCUGGCUUUACUCGGUCUUUUACCGUCCACACAGCACAUUCCGCGCCGGAACAAAAGGUUGCCAUAAGACGCCAGCCCGGCCUCACAAGACGGCACUUGCAACGAGCAAAGACUCUGGGCUGCUACCUGCCGCUGACCAUACCUUGCAGUCCCUCGACCUCUCCCAACCCCCCUAAGCCCUUCACAGCUAGCAGGAUCCCUGCAGCCAUCGGACUGGACUGCUUCGAGCUGCGACGCCGAAGUCGCAACGCGGAGGUAGCCAAGCGUCUCUCGCACAUAGCCCGCGCUGUCACCAACACUACCGCUCCCGUCGCAGUUGACGAGGCGGUAGGAGAGAGGAGUCGCAGGGAACGAUACGGUGUUCGUCGCAUUCAGAGCCUCAACCGGUACACCACUGCUGUUAGUAACGGCAGAGAGCCUUGUCAGCUGAGUUGGGAGAGCCUUAGCACUAAGCCUCCAAGGCCACCAACAGUGCACAGCUCAACCGCCGCCAGUCCUUCGCGAUUGCAGACACUUGACUCGGAGAUGAAUGCCGGCAGGGUGGCAGAAAUGGUCAAAGUGGAGGCGCUUCAAUCUCAUCAGCAACAACAAAUAAAAUGUGGAAAAAUCCAGGGAUCACGCUCCUUUGAUCAAACAGUGAUGACUAAUCCUCAGCUUAGCGCCGAUUGUAGGAAGAUUUCCAGUACCGCUGAAACACCAAACCUUCAAGUUCCUGUGGUUCCAGUAGCAAUGGCUCCCCUUGCCUCACCACUUCCCCAUGAAAUAGGGGACGAAGUGACCAUUGGAUGUCUACAUCAGCAACAGCAACUUGCCACUCCCGCACGACUGUCUCCAAGUACGACAAUCACUCUGUACGAGCUCAUUCAAUUUUGCCACCUCUCCUCUACACACGUGCCCCCCCAGGCCUCCAAUAAUCCCCUGCGGCGCAACUCUUGGGAGGCAGGCGAGCUGAUCCCCGGUCUGGGCAUUCGUGUCUCCGUGGUGAGCGUCAAGUUUCCGCCGCAUAUCCGUCCACAGCGUGUAUGGUGCGAGAACACUAGGCCCCGGCCGCUGUAUCCUACGCCACGGAGCGCCUUCACCCCACUGGCAGGACCGGAGAGAUGCGCCCUACCUUCACCCCUCGUUGUGGUAAUUGACGAGGUUUCGAUCUCCGGAAGCAUGUUUUUCCAACCAGGACAGAUAAUUCUGGAGGUGAACGGUGUCAACCUCUUUUCAGUGCCCACCACGACCACGCCAUACCCUUGGCUUGUGAAACGAGUCAGUCAUGAGGCAAUCGAGACCCGACUCCACGAGCAACACUAA